AUGAGAGGUGCCGUGCAAGUCUCAAUCAUUCUCCUCCUAGUAACUGUGUCCGACUGUGCUGUGAUCACGGGGGCCUGUGAGCGGGAUGUCCAGUGUGGCGCAGGCACUUGCUGUGCCAUCAGCCUGUGGCUGCGAGGGCUGCGAAUGUGCACCCCACUGGGGCGGGAAGGAGAGGAGUGCCACCCCAGCAGCCAUAAGAUCCCCUUCCUCAGGAAACGGCAGCACCACACCUGUCCCUGCCUGCCCAACCUGCUGUGCUCCAGGUUCCUGGACGGCAGGUACCGCUGCUCUAUGAACUUGAAGAACAUCAACUUUUAGGAGCUUUCCUGGUCUCAGGAUACCCACUGGGCCUCUUCCUGAGCACAGCCUGUCGGGGGCUCUUCUGGACUUUUAUUUCUACCAUGCGACUC